CGCAAAUCAAACCCCUCUCCUUUCUCUAUAGAUUUCCUCUCCGAUCAUGGCGACGGUUCCUCUCGAGCCUAUCCUCCAUCAUCAUCACUGGCGGGAAACCUCAAAGUCUCCAAUGGAAUCUGAAAAGCAUAAGCAAUCUUCCCUGAAUUACACUUGGAAGACAAGGAAUUGUUUGAUCGGAAAUGGCGCCAAACGCUGCAACUUCAGGCCUGUUAGUUCUAGGGUUUAUGAAAACUACCGUUAGAGCUUCUUCUAAUAGCUCGGUUGCUGAAUUAUCUCUUUCCAACACAUCCAACUCCGAUAAUGUCAUCUUCCACAAAACAUUUCCAUUGCAAUGUAUCGAAAAGGUCGAAGGAAAGAUAUUAGUCAGAUUAGAUUGUGGAAAAGAUGAAGAGAAUUUGCAGCUUGUUGUUGGAUGCAAUCUUCCAGGGAAAUGGAUUCUUCAUUGGGGAAUUAAUUAUGUUAACGACAUUGGCAGUGAUUGGGAUCAGCCUCCUGUUGAGAUGAGACCUCUAGGCUCCAUUCCCAUUAAGGAAUAUGCAAUUGAGACCCCUUUGGAAAAAUCAGUGGAGAAGGAAGCAGGGUUCAUAUAUGAAGUGAAGAUUGAUUUCAACACCAGAAGUUCAAUUUCAGCAAUAAAUUUUGUAUUAAGGGAUGAAGAAACUGGAUCUUGGUAUCAACACAAAGGGUCAGAUUUUAAGGUGCCUCUUACAAAUAUAUCUAAUGAUGAUGGCAAUACUGUAGGAACUAAACAAGAUUUUGCCAUAUGGCCAGGGACUCUGGGACACUUAUCUAACAUGUUGCAGAAAUCUGAUGGUGGCAAUUCAAAAGAAUCUACCCAGAAGGGGAACCUUUUUUAUGAGGAAUAUGACAUUGUAAAACAAUCAAUGGUUGAUAACUCCAUGAGUGUUUGCAAAAAGAGAUGUCCUGAAUUUGUUAAUAAUCUUCUGCAUAUAGAAACUGAUAUUCCUGGUGAUGUUGUUGUUCAUUGGGGUGUAUGCAAAGAUGAGAGUAAAAAAUGGGAAAUUCCAACUGGACCCUAUCCAGAUAAAACAUCAAUAUUUAAGAACAAGGCUUUGCAGACUCAAUUGCAGAAAAAAGAAGGUGGAUGUGGGUGUUCUGGAUUAUUUCCACUAGAUGCAGGAAUUGAAGGAUUUCUUUUUGUGUUAAAAGUAAACAAUAACACAUGGGUAAACUGUAUGGGAGAUGAUUUUUACAUACCCAUGUCAAAUGAAACAAACUUUAAGAAACUAGAACGUAUGGGAGAAGAAAAUGUGUCCAAGAGUAUGAAAAUAGAUUCUUCACAAGAUGUUUCCACAAAUACAGAUGAAUUAAUCAAUGAAAUAAGACACCUGGGUUUACCAUUGUUUGGCUACCUCCACCUACAGAAUCUAUCUCCCCUCAAGGCUACAUGCCCAAAGAUCUUUAUAAUUUUGAACUCCAGGUAUGGAAACAUUGAGGAAUUAAAGGCUCUUGUGAAUAAAUUCCAUGAAGUUGGUAUCAGAGCUUUAGGUGAUGCUGUUAUAAAUCAUCGUUGUGCACAUUCCCAGAAUCAAAAUGGUGUUUGGAAUAUUUUUGGUGGUCGUUUGGAUUGGGAUGAUAGUGCAGUUGUUGGUGAUGAUCCUCAUUUCCAGGGUCGAGGAAAUAAGAGCAGUGGAGAUAAUUUCCAUGCUGCUCCAAAUAUUGAUCAUUCACAAGAGUUUGUAAGGAAAGAUCUUAAAGAAUGGUUAUGUUGGCUGAGGAAGGAAAUAGGGUAUGAUGGAUGGAGGCUUGAUUUUGUGAGGGGAUUUUGGGGAGGUUAUGUAAAAGAUUACAUGGAUGCAAGUGAACCUUAUUUUGCUGUUGGAGAAUAUUGGGAUUCUUUAAAUUAUACAUAUGGUGAAAUGGAUUACAAUCAAGAUAGCCAUAGACAAAGGAUUGUUGAUUGGAUUAAUGCCACUAAUGGAACUGCUGGAGCCUUUGAUGUCACUACAAAAGGAAUUCUCCAUUCCGCACUUGAAAGAUGUGAAUAUUGGAGAUUAUCUGAUUCCAAAGGAAAACCGCCAGGUGUCGUUGGGUGGUGGCCUUCUCGUGCUGUUACCUUCAUAGAAAAUCAUGAUACCGGUUCUACACAGGGUCAUUGGAGAUUUCCAGGUGGAAAGGAGAUGCAAGGGUAUGCAUACAUCUUGACUCAUCCUGGAACACCAUCGGUUUUCUAUGAUCAUAUUUUCUCUCACUACAACUCCCAAAUAUCUACACUCAUCUCUAUCAGGAAUCGCAACAAAAUUCAUUGUCGUAGCAUGGUUGAAAUUAGCAAGGCAGAAGGAGAUGUUUAUGCAGCAAUUAUUGAUGAAAAAAUAGCAAUGAAGAUUGGACCAGGCCACUUUGAACCACAGCAAUCUGGGCCCCACAAUUGGUGUUUGGCUGCUGAGGGCAAUGAUUACAAGGUCUGGGAAGCUUUAUAAACUCAUGGUUAUUAAUAUGUAAACACAUGUUUUUGCUUAAGUAUAUACAACAUAUGUGACAAAAAGAUAAGGAGAUUCUGGGUAUAGGACACUAGUGUUGUUACAAGAAGGGAGAAUUAUGUAUUUAUACAUUUCUAUAUACUAAUAAUUGUAGUUACUUAUCUAAUGGUCAACACAGGUUCUAGAUUU